AUGGCAGCCAACGCACUGAAUGGGAUCUACCGCUGGGCAAUCCCCACCGCCGCCGCCUUCUCGCUGGCCUCUGCAUCCAUCUACGAUGUGAAGGGUGGCACUCGCGCUGUCAUCUUCGACCGUAUACGAGGAGUUUCAGACCAAGUGUCGAACGAAGGAACACACUUCCUGGUUCCAUGGCUCCAGAAGGCCAUCACGUUCGACGUGCGAACCAAGCCCCGAAACAUUAGCACAACAACCGGAUCCAAGGACCUGCAGAUGGUGAGCUUGACGCUCAGAGUGCUGCAUCGCCCGGAAGUGUCACAGCUGCCAAAGAUCUAUCAAGUAAGAAAUUGCACAUGCUCUAUUGGGGAUACAGCGGUUGACGUUAUCACAGAAUCUCGGCCAGGACUACGACGAACGUGUCCUUCCCUCCAUCGGAAACGAGGUCCUCAAGGCCAUCGUUGCCCAGUUCGAUGCCGCCGAACUCAUCACCCAGCGUGAAGCCGUCUCGAAUCGCAUCCGCGCAGAUCUGUUGAAGCGAGCUUCGGAGUUCAACAUUGCCCUGGAGGAUGUCAGCAUCACACACAUGACGUUCGGACGAGAGUUCACCAAAGCCGUCGAGGAGAAGCAGAUUGCACAGCAAGAGGCGGAACGAGCACGGUUCAUCGUGGAGAAGGCGGAACAGGAGCGGCAGGCGAACGUCAUUCGUGCAGAGGGUGAAUCGGAGGCGGCAGAUGUGAUUUCCAAGGCCGUGGCGAAGAGUGGUGAUGGCUUGCUUCAGAUCCGAAGAAUCGAGACACAAAAGGACGUUGCACAGAUGCUGGCGAACAACCCGAACGUAACGUAUCUCCCCGGUGGUGGGCAUGGAGAUGGUGGCAACGGAGGCUCGAAGGGAAGUUUCUUGCUGGGUCUGAGAUCGUGA